AUGGGUGGAAGAAAACGGUCUAGAGAAAGUAGUUACGACGAGGUUAUGAAGAAAAUCAGAAAAUUGGAGAAAAAAGUUAAAAAGAAAGCGAGACUACCAUCAACUUCGUCAUCAACUGAUGAUGAUACACCUCAGAACCAGAUGGAACCAUCUGAGAUAUUAGGAAGACCAUUGAAGAAGACUCAGGGAACACUGAGGGCGACCCUGAGACCAACCCAGAGAUACCUUAGAGAUCUUUUAGGAGGUGACCCGACUCCAGAAAAAAUAUUUGACGAAAAUGUACACAAGGAUAUUGCAAAAAUUUGGUCGCAUAUCCUUCUCAAUGGCCUUGCUAAGGAUGUUAGAAUGGAUUUAUUGAAAAGAUAUCUACCGCCAGAAAAUUGUACCAGUAUGAGAGCACCCAAGUUGAACUUGGAAAUCAAGGCCGCUCUGACGGAAAUAAAUAGCAAAAAGGAUGCUUAUAGUCAGUCCAAGCAGAACCAAUUAGGAAGCUGCCUAGCAGCUUUAGGAAAAGCUUUAAAUAUCGCUUUGGCAUCUGACACCUCACAAGACUUGAUAAAACUGCUCAGUGAUGCUGGUAGAUUACUAUGUGACUACCAUCAUAAAGAAUCUCAAUCGAGACGGUAUGCUAUCAUAAAUACGCUCAACCAACAGACGAAAGAUACCAUCAAAAAUACUAAAAUUGAUGAAUUCCUGUUCGGCACCGAUUUAGCGGAGCAUAUAAAAUCCUCUAAGGCCAUUACCAAGUCUGGCAUGGAGCUACGACCGCCACCGCCGCCACCACCGCCACCGACGGUAGGCAACCGGCAGAGACCCAAACAAAAUGUGAUCUCUCAACCUCCAGCUGUUCGACGAGGGACUUUAAACGCGAGGGGGGCGGGCCGGGCAGCCGCCGCCGAGCCACGAGCGAACCCCGCCCCGCGCCGGCCGCCCACCUCUGCCACGACGAGGGACCAGCAGCAGCAGCACAGCUCCAGGACUGCUACGCGCUACCAAUCCAACAGGAGAUAUUGAACACCGAACCGGAGAGAGACACACCCACUCCACGCACGGCUUACCCUGGUGGCAGCGAAAUUAUCCGGCUGUCGUUAAUGAAACGUGGUGUGCCAGAAAAUUCCCUACGUUUGCUGAUGGCAUCGCUGUCUAAAAACACAAUUC